CGAGAGCAGUGACAACCAUCAACCAAUAGGAGUCCACAGAGAUAGGUACCAAGAGUUCAUGGGUGUUCUCUGCAGUUACAUUGUACAGAAGCAGAAGAACUGGCAACGAGAAGACAUAUCUCAUGAACUAGUCUAUAAUGCAGUGGAGCACUGUGUGAUGCCCCAAAUAAAGCCCCUCAUCAUCCGAAGAGUGGCCCAAACAGAGAGAGACGAGCUGGUGUCCAGCAAAUGCCUGGAAUUCUCUGGCGUGACACAGGACCAGUUACGAGUCAGGCCAUGUCUCCGCAGUAACGAGCCCGUCCCUUUCAUUGAGGCCAUCACUCAACUUAGAGCGUCGUAUUUCUCCUCAACACCGACUGACAAGAUGUACAGUGUGGUGGGGGCUGCCAAGGCCCUCUACGACAGGCUGGGCGACAUUGGAGAAAGCUCCAUCGACGGCGACGCUUUCCUUGAUCUCUGGAUUUACGUCAUCAUCAAAGCCAACAUCAAAGACCUUGCCACCAACCUGUUAUUCAUGAUAGACUACGGUAACCCGCAGUUGGCGUGUGGAGAGGCUGGCUACUAUCUCACUACUCUCGAGGCAGCCGUACAUUUUAUCGCCUCCCUUUCUCCAGAGACCCUCCAGGCACCUCAGGGGGUCAUGGAGUUUGUGGUGUGUGAGAGGGAAUACUUCUCGUCCCUCUGCUCCCUGCCUGGCUCAGGACUGGAGAUGGUGGCCUCCGACACUGAAGUACAGGGAUAUCAGGUUGCAGUGAUCAGAGACUGGGCUCUAAAUAGAGCAAGGUUAUUCAGGUGUGCUCUUGUCCCAGCCAGCUACCAGCACUUUGCCAAAGUUGCUGUCAUAAGAGUGCCACAGAGCAGCACUAAUCCAGCAAUUACUCAAUUCAUGCUGAAACAGCUUCGAUGUGAAGGUUCAAAAAGCGAAGGACUGUACACCAGAACUGUCCCCCUUGGAUCUGCAAUCUGUGUGAAUGUCAAGAGCAUAGAUCGACGUAAACUCAUUGUACUGCCAACUGGUGACUAUGAUUCUCACAAGUCUGACCUGAACCACGUACUCCAACUUGAGAGGCUGGGAAGUCUUCAGACCGACAGCUCGCAUAGUGAUUCCUGCCUCAUCUACCCUUCGUCUGUAACUCGCAGUCACACUCUCGACAUUCCCAUGUCUCCACCGUACUACAGUAGCACUCGGGGCUCAAUCAAUCAAGGAAAAGAUGGUAACCUUUGCCCCCUCCCUCAUCCGGGGAGCAGGUUAAGACAUUUAAACGAUACCCCAUCGCCUCUGUGGUCUCCAUAUGUCCUGAGUCAGAACCUCGCCGAUGAUCAGAUAGAAGAAGAUACAUUUACCAAUCAGGUGGGAGGGAUGUCAGUAAGGAGUGAGCAUCGGCGACUGAGGCAGUCCAGUCGACCGACUCCAGACUCUGUCGACACUCGAAACUCAAAGCUGAGCCCCUCCCGCUCUGUACUCUCGAGGAUUACUAGAUCUCGCUCAGGAAACUCACAAGGAAACUCAGAGAUUACUGGGUCUCAGUCAGGAAACUCGGAGAUUACUAGGUCACGGUCAGGAAACUCGGAGAUUACUAGGUCUCGGUCCGACAGCUUGCAAGAGUCACAAUCAGCUCAUCCGAACAUCAUCAUGAUAGAAGCUGAAAUACACGAAGAUUGUAUAUCAAGUCAACCUCCAACAGGGCACAGCGAAAAUGACAGAGAUGAAAACGAAAAAGAAGAAUCAGCUCAUCUUCUUGUAGACGCAAGUGACGGUGUAAAGAGGAAGCCAGCUGGUGGCUCAGACAGCAGAAGAAACUUGGAUCUGGUCUUAGAAAACAACAAUCGUGGAAAUCUUCCAGAUGAACGUGGGGAAAAAGCACAAGAAAAUGCCGACGCAAACCCGGACUCGAAAAAGGACCAACUCUCGUUGGAGUUUAGAGGCAGCAGUGGUGGUUCUGAAAUGAUCCUAACUCUGGAGUACAGGAGGGAGCUGGAGACAGCGUUUGUCACAAACCACUUGUACGGAAACACUCCACAGUCUAUCGCUGAAGCUGCUCACACCAUCACACUCCAAGCUCAGAUGUAUCUCCAGAGGCUCAACUACCUGAGUGUGUCAUACAAGAUCACAGGGGAAUACGAUGACAUCACUCUCAAUGCCGUCAAGACAUUCCAGGGGCUAAUAGCUAUGUCCCUUCUCCAGCGAGCCCACAACCACCACGAGGCCCAGUUCUCGGUGGUGGUACCAGAGACUGGUCACCUCUCCCCCACCACCUACCAGUUCCUCAGACAGGCUUACAUCACCAUCUACGCCAGCAUGGUUAGAAUUGGACUAGACAAGUACCUGGGUGAUAACUUUAACCCCAUGUCGACGGCUCCAAGGGACAUCAGAGUGUUCAGAGAGUGUGUGAGUGGGCUACAGAGGAGUCAGGGGCUGAAGGAGUGUCAGAGCGGGGCCAUGUGCGCCAACACCAUCCACAGAAUAAAGCAACUCUUGCAUGCUCAGAAGAAAGUAACAGUGUAGUAGUGUAUAUUUUUGGGUUUUAGAGUGUUAAAAUUCAGAAAAAUGUUGUUGUAUACUAUGGGAAUUUGGUUGAAUUUUUGGGAGGAAAAUACCCUCUUAAAGUAUGAACAAUGCAACAACAAGUUUGUGCCCAUGCAAGAUGCGCCAUUGCUUUUAUUUCAUGCGUAGUAGC